AAAGACUUUUAACGCAGCACCGAUGUCACGUAUCUUUUAGUUUGUUGGACACACGCUCGUAACACGCUCCUGAAAAAUGAACGCUUCUUCCGUGGUGCGGAGGCUGGCAGCUCUGUCAGGAUCCUCGGCGGUGGCAGCCGGUGCAUACGGAGCCCACGGUUUCAAGAAUCGUGACCCUGAUGACUACCAGGUGGUGCUGUUUGAAACUGCCAACAAGUACCAUUUCUAUCACAGCCUGGCCCUGCUUGGUGCAGCUCACUGUGGCAAACCUGCUGUGGCCGGCACCCUCCUGAUAGCGGGCAUGGGGAUGUUCUGCGGCUCCCUGUACCACCAGGCUCUUACCGGGGACCCCAGCAUGCGCAAAGCGGCUCCCAUAGGAGGCGUAUCCAUGAUCGUUGGCUGGCUAGCCAUGAUUCUCUGAACUGCGACAGCUCGCAUCCUCUCCACAGGGCCACUGUGUGACACUAAACUGUCAGACUGCUAAUGGAUGAACUGGAGAGCUUGUAAGUGCUGGCUGAGGCCAGGCAGUGCUGAGUUAUAAUGUCACCCAUCCAACUGCUGCCUGCCUUGGGUUGCGAGUGUCCGCGGGAGAUAAGGUCACAGCUGGAUUAUCACCUUUCGCUGUCUGUUUUCCGACCAGUGCCCUCCGACUUGUACGUUAACCUAAAUAAGUAAAUGAAUGAAGUGUGUGAUGAUUUUUAUCAAAGGCAAAAAUUAUGGAACUGUUUGCACUUGGAAAGAAAAUCAGUGAUGAGCUAAUAGUAAAUGAAUGAUGCUCUGAUGCAGAGUCUUUAUGUCUUUAUUCAGGUCUGUAUAUUUUGAAGCAAAUGUAUGCCAAAUAAAAUACUAAUAAAGGAAUACAUUUAAAAUGAAA